GUGAGUUUGUCUGUCGAUCGUUGUUGUGGGUUGACCUGUCAUUUUUGUUUAAUUUGGGAUAAUCUAGAAACAAAAAUUAAUUGAUUGAUGAUGACGUUAGUUCACUAGGAAGAAAACCAUAAUAUUUUCGAAUUUCCAUCCAUAGAGACCUGUUCGUCUGGCGAUUCCGAUUGGCGAUUUGGAAGAAGAAUCGUCGAGUCCUGCUUGGCGAUUCGACCAGAGAGAGAGAGAGCGAUUCAACUUUGCGGAGCCGUCGAGAAGAAUCCUGUAGUGGUAUGACAUCUUACCUUAUUUUUAUGUAAGUGUGCAUUUUGUUUAUAUCUCUACAUAGAAACUAUAACUGCUUCAACUGUCUGGCAAGUAUGAAUGGGGCUUCAAAUGGAGUUUUCGACAGAAUAUGUAUUUGAAUAAGUUUUAAAAUUUUAAAUCAUUUACUAAUGGGGUUCAUUACUUCUCAUUAAAAAGCUAAUAUAUCGUUGAAGGAAUGUCUACAAUAAAUACCAAUGCUCCUUCAUCUGCAGAUGCUUGUCUAAGUAUUGUGCAUAGUUUAAUGUGUCAUCGACAAGGUGGAGAGAGCGAAGGUUUUGCAAAAAGAGCGAUCGAGUCCUUAGUUAAAAAAUUAAAAGAAAAACGCGAUGAAUUAGAUUCGUUAAUUACGGCUAUUACUACAAGCGGUGCUCACCCCAGUAAAUGCGUAACAAUUCAGAGAACCUUAGAUGGAAGAUUACAGGUUGCGGGAAGAAAAGGUUUUCCUCACGUAAUUUAUGCUCGGAUAUGGAGGUGGCCAGAUUUACACAAAAACGAACUGAAACAUGUCAAAUAUUGUCAGUUUGCGUUUGAUUUAAAAUGUGACUCAGUGUGCGUUAAUCCCUACCAUUAUGAAAGGGUAGUGUCACCCGGUAUUGAUCUCUCUGGUUUAACUCUCCAAUCGGGAACACCAAGACUGGUAAAAGAUGAAUAUACUCCCGGAGCUGUCGCCGGAAAUAGUAUGGACAUCGAUGGAGAUAUUGCCAUUAAAUUUUCACAAACCAUACAACAUCACCCUCCUCAACAGAAUUUCACAAUAAGCGGUUUGCAGUCGCCUCCAACUAGUCAGAAUCCAGUGCAACAACCGAUACCACCAGAACCCAUCCCACAAAAUUUAACAAAUAAUUCUCCAGUCUCACCCCAUAUUCAGCAAAAUGAGUUUAGCAACACAAACAAUACGACAGUGGUAGCAUCAAAUAAUAAUGGGACAGUUUCCAGUACGCAGUCUACAAAUACAAUUGGACAAAACUUCACUGGUGCAAGUGGCACUUGGAAUGGUUCCAACACUCUAACAUAUACACAGUCCAUGCAACCACCAGACAAUAGAAGUCAUACUGCUUACUGGAUAAGUUCACCCAACCAGAUUAACUCGGAAGUAAGCAUUGGCGGUUUAUUAUCUACUCAACCUGCUCCAGAAUACUGGUGUUCGGUUGCUUACUUUGAGUUGGAUACUCAAGUAGGAGAGACUUUUAAAGUGCCAUCAAAUUGUCCAAACGUUACUGUCGAUGGAUACGUAGAUCCUUCCGGUGGCAAUAGGUUUUGUCUUGGGGCGUUGAGUAAUGUUCACAGGACUGAACACAGCGAGAGGGCUAGGCUUCAUAUCGGCAAAGGGGUGCAGUUAGAUCUCAGAGGUGAAGGUGAUGUGUGGUUGCGAUGUUUAAGCGACCAUUCAGUUUUUGUUCAAAGUUAUUAUUUGGAUAGAGAGGCUGGAAGACAACCGGGGGAUGCUGUGCAUAAAAUAUACCCAGGAGCUUAUAUAAAAGUAUUUGAUUUAAGACAGUGCCAUCACCAAAUGACCACACAAGCUGCUACCGCUCAAGCUGCUGCCGCAGCACAAGCCGCUGCUGUUGCUGGACAUAUUCCAGGGCCCCAUUCAGUUGGUGGAAUCGCUCCAGCUAUCAGUUUAUCCGCCGCUACCGGUAUAGGCGUGGAUGAUUUGCGUCGAUUGUGCAUUUUAAGAUUAAGUUUCGUAAAAGGUUGGGGUCCAGACUAUCCCCGUCAAUCCAUAAAGGAGACACCGUGUUGGAUUGAAGUGCAUCUUCACAGAGCUUUACAACUUCUUGACGAAGUUCUUCACACAAUGCCAAUCGAUGGACCGAGACAAUAGGAUUAAAAGUGUGUAUGUCAUUAAAGCAAAAAUAUUUUAAACUUCCUAGGUUUUGAAACUGAUGGAAUUCUUGCAAGUAUUUCAAAACAAUAAUUUUGCUUAAAAGAAAAGGCGAGAUAUUUUUAUAAAAAGAUGCUGAAACAUUCAUAAAUAAUUGUAACAAAAAUUGACAUUUUCUAUUAGACGCAAUCAAAGCCAAAAAUCAAGAAGGAAAAAUGCAAAAGUAUAAUCUUGUAGCAGCCUUCUUAUAAACAAUCUUGUAUUGUUUUAUUAAUAUGUUUUCUAUUUCAGAUGAUUUCUUUUCCUCUGAUUUGAAAGAACGAGUUGACAGAUUUAGAAAAUGUAACUUUACUCUUCAGUAAUUAUAUUAAAUCUGAAUUUCAACAAUUAUUAAAUACAAAAAAUGCAUGCCUAAUGAUUUUAUUAAAUGAAAUUUAUUAAGUAUAUUUGUGGGAAAUAUGAAUUAUUCAUACAUUUUUCCAAAUUAAAUUGUUCAUGUCAAUUUGAAAAUAAUUCGUGUGUGUUUUUCACGGAUGGAAGAGUUUAUUCUAUUGAUUUUCCAGGUAUACAUCCAUUCAAUAUUUUUGCUGUGAGUUGGUAUUCGUGAGAAAAAUUUUUUGUUGCCCGAUGCAAUUUGAUUUUCGAAGUCAUUGUCUCGAAAAUAACAAACGAUUUCUGGAAAGAAAUAUAAUAUGGAUGUGUACAGGGAAAGCAGUAGACCUGCAUUAUUUUAAAAUCUCAUUUUUACACAUAAUCGUUUUCAAUCCCCUUGAAGCGUCAGCGUCAGUUCAAAGCAGUUAGUAGAACGUAACUUUUCUAAAGAGAAUAAAUGCACAUUACAUUUGAAGAAGGUAGUUGUCAACGAACUACAGCUCUUCAUAUGCAAAACGUAUAAUAUUCUGUAAAGCAACAAACGUCAUGGCCAAUUCACCAAUUUUAAGACGUCGUAACUUUUGAUCGAUUGGGAGAAUGAAAUCAGUGGAAGUGGAAGUAGAAUCGUACAAUCUUUAGUAAAUUCAGUUAAUGUAAAAUGGUCAUUUUGUAAGAUGAUGGAACCAAAGUGGCAGUUGUUUGAUUUAACAAAAUCAGUUGAAUGAUCCAAUACUGAGAUGUGAAAUAUUUGUCAGACAAACGAGAAUUUUAUACCUGCAGCCGCAUACCACUCUCAGACUGUCGUUGUCUAUAUUAAUUUGGCCAGAGUUCUUCCAAUAUCCUCACAUUUGUUGCAUGUGGAAUGAAAAAAUACAGAAUAUUGAAAGAUCUUGCCUCCUUCCAAGUCAAAAAAAAAUUUAGUAGUCAAAUCUGCAGAGGAGGAAUUCUUCAUUGGUUUCUGCAAAUUAUGUAUCCAAACAUACAUGUUCGUUACGUUGCAAGUUUAAUAAUGUUAUAAAAGACAGAGAAAGACAAUGAUAUUAUAGUUUAGUAACAGUAGUUAGUUUUUACAGUCAGCUUUUGUUAGUAGUUAGCAAUUUUAUUGUAUUUCACUAUUAUGUACGAGAUAUACAUAUAUAAAUUUUAUAUAAGUUUUUGUCAAUAAAUUUGAUUUUUA